UGUUAUUUUUCAGUUUGGGAUUUGUGGUUGUGGUGUGAAAUCAUUUCUCAAGCCCUCAGUCCACGUGUAACUCGUCGAAAUCUACCAUGGAACCCGAAAGCCAUUGCGAUGUGGUAGAGGUUGCUGAAACUUCGAAUGGAACAAAAAUGACUUUUGUUGAAUUGGGUCUAAGGGCUGAGUUAGAAGAAGCUUGCAGCUUGCUGAAAUGGACGGAACCAACCCCUAUUCAAAGAGAGGCGAUACCAUUAGCACUCCAAGGGAGGGAUGUGAUUGGACUUGCCGAAACAGGAUCAGGAAAAACAGGAGCAUUUACUUUGCCAAUGUUAAAUUCAUUACUGGCACAUCCACAACGAUUGUUUGGCCUCAUAUUAACACCUACCAGAGAAUUGGCUUUUCAGAUUUCUGAACAAAUUGAGGCAUUGGGCUCUUCUAUUGGAGUGAAAUGUGCUGUCAUUGUAGGAGGAAUUGAUAUGAUGAGUCAGUCUUUAAUGCUUGCAAAGAAGCCUCAUAUUGUCAUUGCCACCCCAGGUCGAUUAGUUGAUCAUUUAGAGAAUACCAAGGGUUUCAAUUUGAAAUCUCUGAAGUAUUUGGUCAUGGAUGAAGCUGACCGAAUUCUGAACAUGGAUUUUGAGCAGGAAGUUGAUAAAAUUCUUAAAUCAAUUCCAAGAGAAAGGAGAACACUUCUUUUCUCAGCUACAAUGACAAGCAAAGUUCAGAAACUCCAACGGGCCUCUCUUGUUAACCCUGUUCGUGUUCAGAUCUCUUCCAAAUAUCAAACAGUUGACAAGCUAUUACAAUACUAUGUCUUCAUCCCGCUGAAAAUGAAAGAUGUUUAUUUGGUCCAUCUUCUGAAUGAGGCAGCAGGUCACUCUGUUAUGGUAUUUUGCUCUACUUGCAGUGGUACGUUACGUACGUCUCUGCUCUUGCGAGCAUUAGGAAUUUCCGCUGUGCCUCUACAUGGGCAAAUGACCCAAAACAAACGCUUAGCUGCUUUAAACAAAUUUAAAGCACGAAAUAGAGGUGUUUUACUUGCGACUGAUGUCGCCAGCCGAGGGCUUGAUAUUCCUCAUGUCGACUGGGUUAUCAACUACGAUAUUCCUACACAUUCGAAAGAUUACAUACACAGAGUUGGACGAACAGCAAGAGCUGGCAGGAGUGGGAAAGCCAUAUCUUUUGUCACACAAUAUGAUGUAGAACUCUACCAACGUAUUGAACAUUUACUUGGUAAAAAGCUACCGUUGUAUGGAUUGGAAGAAAGUGAUGUGAUGAGUCUCCAGGAGCGGGUUGCAGAAGCACAGCGCGUAGCAAAGAUGGAUCUGCGAGAGUUGGAAGACAAAGGUCAAGGUGGUGUUCGAGGAGGGAGGAAAAAGAAAACAUUCGAUGACGGAAACGAUGAUACAGAAAUGUCCAGUGGUGUACGUAAGAGAGUUCGCAAUUCAGGAUCAAAUGGAAGGAAAAGAUAACAUAUUUAACAUAUUUCCAAGAAAUACACUUUUUUCCAUCGA